UAAAAAAAUGUAAUGAUAACUCUUUAAUAAAGCAGACCAAUAAGUACUCUCAAAAUAUAUAAGUGUUGACAAGUGACAACAAUAAUUAUUGUUGCUGCAGUAGUGUUCCUUCUAAAUAUCAAAAUUGCUGCAUUUUAAAAUAAGAUGCGAUCACGAUGGCUUUCGUUACCUUUUGUCGUUUGCUUUUUGUUAUUUUUGUGCUUGAUUUUACUAUUAAUUAAUUUUUUCGAACUAAACUGGAUGCAAAAUGAGCACAGCAAGUUUCACCAUGUUCAACAGUCGUAUUCUAACAAACCACAACAUGAACUGGUUGUAGGCAUAAAACGACCAAUCUACACUGUAUUUGCAAAGCAUUCCGAAGCUGGUCAUUUAAAGCAUGUUUAUGAUGUUCUUGACAUCUACGGCUAUUCGAGAAAACCUUUAGAGCCAGAUACAGAUUGGAACUUAUUAUGGGCUCACGAAUACCCAUUUAAAACACUUGCUGAUAAAAUUACAUUUGCUAAUUUAAAAUCUAAUCAAAAAGUAAAUCAUUUUCCUGGUGUUGGAUUUAUUACAAAUAAAGUUGAUUUAGCAACAUCAGAUAUCAAGUACAUACCUCCAGCUUUUCACAUGCCACUUGAGAAAGAAAAAUUUAUGCUAUAUGCUAAAAAGUAUCCAAAUAAACUGUUUGUUCAAAAGCAAAACAAUCAUCGGGGCAUUAAAAUUAAAUCUUCACAUGAGCUAGACUUUAAUUCAUCUGGCACAUUUAUUCAAGAAUAUAUUGACAAUCCUCUAUUAAUUGAUGGAUAUAAAUUUGAUAUUGGUGUUUACACAAUUAUUACAUCUAUUAACCCUCUUAGAGUAUAUAUGUAUAAUGGAGAUAUUCUUUUCAGGUUUUGCCCAGAAAAAUAUGAACCGUUUGAUGCCAAUAAUAUUGAUAAAUAUGUCAUUGGAGAUGAUUAUUUACCAACAUGGAAAGUGCCAUCGCUAAAAAAAUAUUACGUUGAUCAAGGUGCUUCAAUGAAAGUGUCUGUUGAAUCACAUUUAAAAACAUUAGGAAAAGAUGCUACCAAAAUAUGGGAUCAAUUAGAGGAUGCCAUACGGGUUGUCUGUUUAGAAAAAGAGUCUAAGAUCAAGAAUUUAAUGAGUAACUACGAAUCAAAAACAAAUUUUUUUGAGAUGGCUCGCUUUGACUUUGUUGUAGACGAUAAUCUUAAAGUUUAUAUAAUGGAGGUUAAUAUGUCACCAAAUCUGUCAUCAGCUCAUUAUCCUCAAAAUCGUUUACUAUACGAGCAAGUUUUAUUCAACCUUUUUGCCAUUGUUGGUUUGACACAUUUUGAACGUAAACAAGAUAGUAUCAAAAUGGCUGUAUCUAUGAAAAACAUUGUGGCGUAUCCAAAGUCUUGUGAUGAAAUGAAUUGCCAAAUAACAUGUCAGUCUGAAAACUGUAAAUUAUGUUAUCCAUGCAUGGAUAAUGAAACAAAAAUACAUUUGACAAACGCAUAUCGUGAACAUAUUGAUCGUCACGACUGUAAACGUGUAUUCCCACCAACAUUUAAUACAAAAUUAAUUGAGAAUAGUGAAGAUUUAAAUGGAUUAAGCCCAAAAACUCGAUUGAUGUACAAAUGGUUUAAGGGAAAAUGUAUGUCAGAUCCAGAGUGGUGCUAAUUGAAUCAUUUUUAUUAAAAUUAUAUAUUAAGAGGCCAGUAAAACCGUUUAAUCAUAAUUUAUGCCAUAUUCUUUUUUUAUAUUAAAUUAUUAAUAUUGUUACAUAUUUUUUUUUAUAAGAGUUUAUUUUUAUGUUAAUAAUUGGUUGUGAAAAUAGUGCAGUUAGAGCAUUCGACUAGUAAAUGAGUCAAACGUUCUUAGUGGCAAAAAAUAAAAAAUUAGUUUUAUUCGUGAUCUGUGUUCAAGAACCAAAUUUAUUUUUUUUCUACUUGAAAUAUUUGUUUGUAAAUAGCGUCCGUUUUAUGUGCCUUGCGCAUUCUUUAUGUAAUAUUUUAUGAUCACAAAUAGUUCGUUAUCACUUAUCAUUAUCCUAAAUAUUAUAAAUUGUUGUCA